AUGGGGGAGAACCCCGGAAGUGGGAGCCAGUAUGUCGCAGUAGGUGAAUCGGCUUCCCCGAAGGCAACAAAUCAUAUGAGGAAAGUUUCAGUUUUACCUCUUGUGUUUCUCAUCUUCUAUGAGGUAUCAGGAGGGCCUUUUGGUGUUGAGGAUACUGUGAAAGCAGCUGGUCCUUUGUUAGCUUUACUUGGAUUUUUGGUUUUUCCGUUUAUAUGGAGUGUUCCGGAAGCUUUGAUAACGGCUGAAAUGGGUACCAUGUUCCCUGAAAAUAGUGGUUAUGUUGUUUGGGUUUCGACUGCUUUGGGUCCGUUUUGGGGGUUUCAGCAGGGUUGGAUGAAGUGGCUUAGUGGCGUGAUUGACAAUGCUUUGUAUCCUGUUUUGUUUCUUGAUUAUCUUAAGUCUGCGAUUCCGGUUAUAGGUGGUGGUUUGCCUAGAGUUUUUGCGACGUGGGGUUUGACCGUAGUUCUCACUUACUUGAACUACAGAGGUUUGACCAUUGUUGGGUUUGCUGCUGUUUGUUUAGGGAUUUUCUCGCUGCUUCCUUUUGUUGUCAUGGGGUUUAUGUCGAUUCCAGAAAUGAAACCUGCAAGAUGGUUUGAGACAAAUUUGGAUGAUGUUAAUUGGAAUUUGUAUUUGAAUACACUAUUUUGGAAUCUCAAUUAUUGGGACUCUAUAAGCACUCUUGCUGGUGAAGUUGAAAAUCCAAAGAAAACACUUCCGAAAGGUUUAUUUUUCGCGUUGAUUCUGGUUGUUGUGGCGUACUUCUUUCCUCUUUUGAUUGGUACAGGCGCUCUUCCUGUUCAGCGCGAGUUAUGGACUGACGGUUACUUCUCUGAAAUUGCUAUGGUCAUUGGAGGAGUGUGGUUGCGAUGGUGGCUUCAAGCUGCAGCUGCAAUGUCAAACAUGGGAAUGUUUGUUGCUGAAAUGAGCAGUGACUCCUUCCAGCUUCUAGGAAUGGCUGAGAGAGGAAUGUUGCCGGACUUUUUCACCAAGAGGUCUCGCCACGGAACGCCUCUUGCAGGAAUACUAUUUUCAGCCUCUGGUGUACUUUUACUAUCAUGGCUGAGUUUUCAAGAAAUCGUAGCUGCAGAAAACUUCUUGUACUGUAUUGGUAUGAUUCUAGAGUUUACCGCAUUCAUAUUGUUGAAGAUCAAACACCCGAAUGCACCUCGACCUUACAAAGUACCAGGCGGAACGGCGGGAGCAAUUGUAAUGUGCAUCCCUCCUACAAUAUUGAUCUGUGUGGUAUUAGCUUUUUCAACCCUCAAAGUAUUGGUUGUAAGCCUCAUUGCUAUGUCGAUUGGCCUUAUAAUGCAGCCUUGUCUGAAAUUUAUGGAGAAAAAGAGAUGGAUGAAGUUCUCACAUAGUUCUGAGCUACCUGAUAUUGUCAAUGGAGAGCAUAAUAAUUCUCUGUUGGGAUAG